CUAUGGUUCGCCAUUGACAUCCAAGCCUCCAUCGCUAAGUUGGCCCCCGACGCCUGUCCAUGGCGCCGCCUCGGGUUCGCCUCGCCUAUCUUUGAUGCAUAAUAAACAUUCCUCGUUUCGAAUCGAUUCUGCGUACAAAUACCCCGUUCUUCAACGGGUGACGGCCUCGUUCCCUGCUCCUCCUUCCACACCACCUGACCAUGGAUUUCAACGCCCUGCGGGCACGCACGCUGCGUUCCGGCAAUGAUGAAGAAGCCGUGACCGUCAAUACAAGAGCGUUGAUUGACAAAGUCCUGGCUCGAUACUCAGGCGAAUGGACCGUCCUGCGAGAGUUGCUUCAAAAUGCUGCCGAUGCAAGUGCAACCAAGAUUACCGUCAAGUUCGAGACCAUCCCAUCCACAACCAUUCCUCUCCCACCUUCAACUACGUCCAAAUCGGCUCUGCUCAAACACACGCUUCAGAACCAUACCCUCAAGCGCCUCGUCGUCACGAACAAUGGUACGCCAUUUAACGAGAAUGACUGGAACCGACUAAAGAGAAUUGCUGAGGGCAACCCUGAUGAAACAAAGAUUGGUGCCUUUGGCGUUGGCUUCUAUUCCGUCUUCGCUGAUUGUGAAGAGCCAUUUAUCUCCUCGUCACACGAAGCCAUGGCAUUCUACUGGAAGAAUAAUUCCCUAUUCACUCGCAGGCUACAGCUAUCAGAAGCAGAAACCUCGCCGAAUACAAACUUUGUUCUGGACUAUCGGGACACCACGUCGCCCGUUCCCCCACUCCUUCCCCUCGCACAGUUUCUUGCCAACAGCCUCACCUUUGUUGGCCUAGAAUCCAUAAAAUUACAGGUGGAUGACUGGUCCAUCCUUGAUUUGCAAAAGAAGACAUCCCCAAGUCAUGAUCUAGAUAUUCCUCGGGAUAUUGAGCCAAAAACAAGUGAAGGUUUUAUGAAGAUUGCACACCUUACCAAGGAGGUUGCUCAGAUAGAUGGAAAGUGGAUGCCGAUUGUGGGUUGGAAAGCCGCCAGAGACGCCAGCUUCCGUUCUAACGACAAGGACUCUGGCCCGUCUCUUCGAAAGUUCUUCUCACGUUUGGCUGGUGCCGUGCAAGAUGACACCCCGGAUUCUGCGCGGCCAGCUACUCCUACUGGUGGCGAUGGGGACUUUUUGAUCACUCCCGUUUCUGCGACUGUCUUCUUGACUGUCAACACCGCCACCAUCAAGACAUUUACGGGACAGAAAUUCAACCAAGAGCUAGAGCGCGCCACCAAGAAGCCACCUCCCAAGUACACGAAGCUUGCCGUGCUCACCGCUCCCCAUAUUGCAGAGAGCAGCCUCGCGCAAACUUGGGCCGCCGGCGACAUUUUUGGCUCCGUGCUUCCCACAAAGAAUGGGAAAAUCUUCAUCGGAUUCCCCACCCAUCAAACCACUGGCCUAAGUGCUCAUAUCUCCGCGCCGUCAGUUAUUCCCACCGUGGAACGAGAGUCGAUCGAUCUCAAUGCCAGAUAUGUCAGGACCUGGAAUAUGGAGAUGCUCCGGGCAGCAGGCAUUGUGUGCAGAAUCGCAUGGUCCACUGAGAUGGGCGAAAUGAAGGAUAAAAUCCUCCGCGCGGCAAAUGGGCGUUCCAAAAUCCGCAUGGAAGAUGUUCAUCCCUUCCUAGACGAGGCCGUAACGACGUUCAAGAACUUUACUUUCAGGGAGUCCACCCCUUCAGGAGCCAUUGGCCAGUUGCUCGAAGAUGCAUUCUGGACCUGCAGCAAGAAGGCUUCCAUCGACGUCUUGUCAACGUGCGGCGUAUUGCCUACACACAAUGUUCGAGUUGCCCCCAAGGAUCUGAGUUUCAUGGCGGGUAUUCCAACCAUUCCAGAGAAGAUAGCCUCGGAAGCUAAGCCUCUCGUCUCGAAAUUGGUCGACUUCGGCCUCAUCACAGAGGUCACUGUAUCUGACAUCAAAGUCGCUCUUGAAUCCAGUCCACUGUCUGCAGUACAAGUGUCAGAGUUUCUUCACUGGCUCACGCGUCAGUCCACUCGUGGACAAGUCGAUCCGACCACCGUUUCGAAUCUCCUGGCGGUCGCAGUCGUUAAUGACGAGCAUUCUGAAGGAAACUCAAGUCCAAUUCUGCAACUCGGCGAAAUGCGCUAUUUCCUGACUGCAGGCAGAAUGCCGGUCGACUAUCCUGUUCCACCGUCUGUCAUGCCCUUCAAGUUCACAAAAAGUAUGAGCAAACAUGAUCUCGAGAGUCUCGGCUGGGAAGAACUUCAAAUUGUUCCUUGGAUGCGUUGGCUGAUAAGCGAAGCCGGCAAUCGUCAAGUCUUGAGUGAGGACCAAGACAUAACCCGGUCGCAAGACUUCAGCGCUCAAGUGCUCCCUAUCUUGUCAAAGCAAUGGGAUUCUCUCAGCCAAUCGUCCAAGUCUUCUCUUGUGGAUCUUCUCACCAAACAUACCGUGAUUCCAACGAAAUAUGGUAUGAAGAAGCCCGGGGACUCAUACUUUGCUACCGUGAAACUCUUUGAUGAUCUAGCCACCUUAAAAGGACUAUCCAAUGUCAAGGAGAAAUUCCUAGUGGCUUUGGGUGUACGAAAGACCGUGGAACUAGGCGUUAUCUUCGAACGUCUUCUGUCCAAAGACGCAGCUGGAAGCCAUGUGGAACUCAUUCAGUAUCUUGCUUCUGUGCGCGACGACAUACCUACGUCAGAUAUGCAGAAGCUGAGGAAUACGCCAAUUUGCCCACGGCAGGGCAAAGAGGCAGACCCAACCAAGCGGUACAAGGUUGCAGAACUCUUUGAACCGCGCCCAGAGCUGCGAGAUCUGGGGCUCCCGUGCCUCGCCUGGCCCGGUCUGUACAAGAGUAGCAGCCAGGAGGGCCGCUUCCUUAGUGCCCUCGGGCUCCGAACAAUUCCGACUGUCGAUGAGCUUGUUGGCAUCAUGGCAAUGGCUGUGAGAGAUGACGACCGGCAGCUUCUUGACAACCGAGACAGGGCUCUCGUCUAUUUCCUGUCUCAUCAUCAUGCCGCCGGUUAUGGUUCUUAUGACUAUUCGAAAAUCACUGUUCCAUUUUUGCCAAUCGAGGGAAGGCAGUAUCAAUUAGCAGUUCCAUCGGAAUGCUUCAUCGACCGCGGUGCCGCCCUUCUAGGGUUCAAAGUUGUUGAUACCGACUGGAUCCCCAACGCGUCCAAGUUUGGUGUAAAGGCCAAUCCUCCUAUGGAGCAGUGCAUCAAUGUUCUACACAGACGUCCUCCAACAUCGUACAAUGAUGCUAGGGCUAUGUUCACCUAUUUCGCCACCAGGUUGAACGAGAUUAACGCGUCAAACAUUCCUAGAUUGAUGGACAUGAAUUUUAUUCCUGUCUUUGCGCAAAAUCGAGAAAAGUCGGCGCCAAAACUGCACACUUCGCCACGAAAUUGCUUUUUAGGAGAGAGUGAUGCAUUUGGAGAAAUCUUUCAUUAUGUCGACUUUGGAAUAGAGGCCAACUCGUUUCUGCUCAAGUGCGGGUCCAAGGCAGAACCAUCUCAAGUUGAAAUCGCCCAGAUCCUCGUGCGAGAGCCUGCUCGAAUUUCGUCAACUUUCCGAAAUCCAGAAAAGUACCUGGCUUUGCUGCGAAAUCUGGCCGACAACAUCAAGACGUUGAAAAAGCACAAGGAUCUGUUUGCAGAGAUGAAAAAGGCCCCUUUCCUCCUCGCCAGCAAGGAACUCCCUGCUCCACCAAAUCAUGCAGAAAAGGCGCGAUCAGAAGACCCAGACGACUUUGAUGAAGAAGAGGCUCAUGGCAUUCGCGAAUUUCAGUUGUGCAGCGCUCAAGAUGCGAUCAUCAUCGACGAUUAUCUCAACUACAGCUUGUUCAAAAGUGAAAUUCUGGCAGCUCCCCAGGAAGAAAGCUUAGAAGACUUUUACCACAGCUUGGGCUCUCCUCUCUUGAGCUCCUUAGUCGAAGAAUCAGCCAAGCAUGGUCCCCGAGCUCCUGAUCAGAAGCCGGCUGAGAAACUCCAGAAGCUGAUUUUUGAACGAUCAACGCUAUUCCUGCACGAACAGGCGCCCGAUGGAAUCAAACACGAUGGGAAGUGGCUACAGAAGAAUCUGCAAGUUCAGCUAGUGUCGUCUAUUACCUUGAGGAGAUCACUUCGUGGACGGAACAUCCAUCAUACCGAAAAGCGGACAGCGGUGAUCACGUCUGCGGAUCGAAACUAUACUUUGUGGAUCAGUGGUUCCAGACCAGAUUUCUUCCAAGUGAGUCAAGCUUUGGUCAUCAUCAUUCUCACCAGGCCAAAGCUACAUUCUGCACUCACCCUUGAGAUGUUGUUGAAGACGGAUCUGCUGGAAUUACGAGCCAGGGGUUUCAACGUUAGUCGGAUUCUGCGACAAAAGCAGGCCGAACAGCAAAUGGCAGACAGCAGGCGUCAGCAACAGCUCGAAGAGCAACGAAAGCGGAUCGAGGAGGAAGAGAAGGCGUGGAAGACAUCACAACAGGCCAGGGAGCAGGAACUGGCCGCGAUGAACAAUGUUCCAGGAGGAUUCCCUGACUCGUCCAGUCAAUACAAGACGCCUAGAGAUCAGCAGGCACCUGCGCCUCCCUCAGAUAACGACGGUCGGUCUGGACGAAAUCUUAUCUCUAAUCUAUCAAAGCAAUUGGGGUGGGGCAACCGUCACAUUCAGUCGAUGCUUGGAAACGACAAUGCACAAGGGUCAAGUGCUCAGAAGAGCAAUUCAAGCCCCGACGCACCACCGCCUUACCAGGAUCCUCAAGGGAAAGGCAGCCAAACCGGCGACGCUGUCACUUCGCCGCACCAUUUGCGAGAGAAUCUGCUCAAUGCAGUUAAGAAGUCUAGACCGAAUAAUUCUUCCCAGCUGUUCUCUAGGGGAGAAACCAAUGUGGUCACAGAGACCAAGUCGUACUGUGAUGAGCAUCCUGGCCAUGAACUAUCACUUAUUGCUGACAUCAAGCAUGGCAUACAAAUGUAUGUGCCGCCUAAUGUUGAGGGCUCAGGGUUUUUGCGAGAGCAUUCCGCGGGUCUUACGAGGUUUGCAACGUUGCUCAACUCUGUCGGUGAGAUUUUCAGUCUUGAUCCGCGAACCCUCAACAUUUUUAUGGAGCCUUCUGGAAAGACGAUUGCGUUCAACAGAAACGGGAGUGUCUUUUGCAAUUACCGCUACUAUCGGGAUCUUCACGAGGGCAAAGCUGAUCAGGCAGAUGCUCUUGUAUACUGGUUUGUGAUUCUAUGCCACGAACUUGCACAUAACUUGGUUGGGGAUCACAGCUCUGAGCACAGUUAUUAUACUGAAGGGUUUGUGGUUGAGUAUUUUGGAAAAGUUGUCCAAGCAUUGGGUCGGUUAGGGUCAACGAAUACACCACAGCAGCCGUUGGUAGAUAUCUAAACUGUUGGUCGGUAGACUGAACAUUAGAAGCUAGACAGAACUAGAAAGUGUAUAAUUAAUGAAAUGAUACGAG